GCGCGAACAUGAAGCACAACCCACCAGCAGACAUCUCCUUGGCGCUUUGGAUAGGUGGAGGAUCCCUUCUCGCGAUCGCCUUCCUGCUUCGUAUGUACUGCAGACGGCGACGAACGCGAUUCCACUCCCCCUUGGACGUGUCCAGCGUGACAUUGUCUGAAAACAUUGCCAGGCGAAAGUUGGACCUCCAACGCUUCAUCCAUUCCUUGCAACGGCAGUUGGCGAAUCGCCAACAGCAGCUCGAAAUGCAUGACCGCGUGGAGCAAGUGCUGACGACGCGCGAAAUGCUCGAGUCGCCCCCUUCGGACGACCGGCAAUGGGUAGAGAUCAUGCGGCGCGGCAAGGAAAUGUAUCAGGACGAGUGGGAAGUUGGCGAAAAUGGAAAUCUACCUCUAGGAGUGCUGUUCAACAUGCACAAGGAGGAGCUGCUGGCCACAGCUCGAGCUACGCCGCGACAGGCCGCCUCCAGCCAUGCGAAGGAUAUUGAACGUCAGAACCAAGCAACAUUAUUGCUGCACGAAGCCAUGCAAACCAGCCGACAGCAGAGUGUUCAAGGUGCAUCAGCGGCCGCAGUCAUACCCGCAGCGUCGCAGUGGAAAUCUCAGCGUAGAGUUGGGACGACUUCGACGCCCAUGGUCGGAAAGGAGAAGGCGGUCCCAGCCGCCGUCGAGACAAGCAGUAUUUGGAGUCACCAUCGCUUUCCAUCGCAAAGUAGUCACACAGUCCCACAACGGCAACCACCUUCGCCAGUGCCGCGACUGAAUCUGACAGCGCUGGCGGGGACCCCAUCUCCACCAGGACAAGUCGUGUCGAUCAAAGAUAUAUUCAAGCGAUUGCAAGCAUGAUGCAUGAAUCCACCACGACCCCACGUUGGCAGUCUAUUCCUUGUGCCGCUUGGA